UCUCUCUCUCACACACACACACUAGGUGAGAAUGAACUUUUACCUUCACUGCUCUAUAUGAAGCUCUUGCAGUGUUCAGGUAAUCACAGAACAGAGCAUGGCUUUUGUUGGUGGGCAUAAGAAAGGGUUUACUGCAAUUGGACUCAGAAACUCAGGGAAAACACUUCAAGUCCAACCUAGAACUACCCUUGCUUCUAUUGAAUCCUUGACCAUUCCUCUUGUCCAGGAAGUUGUUUUAUUAGCUGAUUUUCGAUGUUCAGGGUGUCAGAAGAGGGUUGCUGAAAUAAUGUCUAAAAUGAAUGGAGAGUCUGAUUCUGUGGAGGUGAGUGUGUUGGAGAAGAAGGUAACACUCACUUGUAAAUACCCUAAAGCUCUCGAAGUACCUUCACAACAAGUUGCUGCAAUAUACAGAAAUCCCCUCAACAAAUUCACCAUGUCCAUGAUCAUGCGGCUAUUUCGCUGUUCACGCACUUUAUUAGAAAUCAAAGCGAUCCCUCGUACGCUACCACAAAAGUGAUUGUAAUUACAACAUUAUUAUGCGAAUCAAAGUUGUUAUAUUGUAAGUAUAUCACCUCCUGUUGAUAAAUAAAUUUGUUAUUAGCUUCUGAAACAAAUUGUCCAUUAGACAAGGAGAAAGAGCAAAACUAUUGAUGUUAUGACCAGAUUUUAUCAUACUCUAGGCCACUGGAUAGUCUUGGGUACACAGUUUUUAUGGGUGCAGGAUU